AUGGCGUUCGAGACGACUGAAAGCGCUACGAGCUCGUCUCAGUCCCGGCAACUGUCCAGAGUUUCCUCCAACUCCAGAGCUGAGCCUGUCUUGAUGGCCGAGGCUUCUAGCCGGGUUGUUAAGGCGAAGUGGUUCAUAGACUGCACCCUCUUGAAGGAAUGUGCCGCAGAAAAUUUGCAUGGCUUUGCCAAACUCUACCCCGAGCAGUUCGGAGAUGGGCCUGUGGCCAAGAUGCCGAAGACCCAACUUUCGUGGGGUUCCGCAUGCUCUGGAUGCGAGGGUGCCUUGUACGUAGCACAUGCCAUUAAUGCAAGUUUUGCUGGAGCGAAGUGGCCUGUGAGGCUGCAGCACCGCUUCAGUUGUGAGUCCUGCAGAGACAAGCAAAAGUGGGUGCAUGUAGUUUCUGCCUCACACCGUUGCGCGGAUGCUGAUGAGCUGUUCGCAGAUCUGUUUGGGGCAGAUGAUGAGGAUGACGAUGAGAGUCAUCACACUUGCAUCUUUGCAGACAUACAGAACUUAGGAAACGAGACAGCCCAUUGUGUUGUGCACAAUCGAGAAUGCCCGGUCCCGCAGGUGGAUGUGUUCAUGUGCGGUGUGAGCUGCAAAGACGUUUCCCGUCAGAAUCCUGGGCGAGACAUGUCGAAGCAUGUGAUAGCCGAAGGGCACUCGCGUGGCGGAACUGCGCAGACAUGGCAAGGCUUUGCAAGCUACGUUUCCAUCAAGCAGCCGGGUAUUGUGGUGUUUGAGAACGUGGAUGGCCUUGACGACAACGUCGGCCAGACUGCGCAGAGCAACAUGGACGUGGUUGUGCAGACGAUGAAAGGUUUCGGGUAUGAGGCUCAGCCAAUGAUGACUGAUGCUCAUGAGUUUGGAUGCCCAUCCAAACGGCGCCGGGUCUACAUCUGCUUUUUCAAGCGGACGUUUCACAAGUUUUGUUUCCAAGACCGUCCGCUCUCGCAGUCUGUAACCAUGUUCAGAAGCAUGACAGCUUCUUGCAUGCGAUCUGCGCCGUGCGUCACUGAGGUCCUUUUGGAUGGGAGUUGUGAAGCCGUUUCGGCUGGUCUUCUAGAGUUGCAGAACAAACGGGCGCAAGCAGAAGAGAGGGCCGCCAAUGCCAAAGCCAAGGCAAAGGCGAAAGCCCAGCCUGCUGCCAACUGGGUAGAGCAACACUUGAAGGCCAGUGAAACCUUAGGCGUUCGAUGGGGCCAACCGGCAGGUCGGGAAUUGGAGAGCAGCCCAUGGUUUCGAACCUUGACAGACCGUGAAAAGGAUGCCUUGGUGCUUUCCCGGUCCCACGCGCCGCAGGCAGGCUUCCGCAACCUGAGCCAGUCUUUGAACCGCAUCCACACCAUGACGCUGGCUGAGGGGUGUACAAAGCAUGUUGCGCCUACCAUGCUCCCUGGACAGAUUCUUUUUGUUGAACUUGUGAGACCUCCAAGGCUUCUGCUCGGGAGGGAAGCUUUGAUCCUGCAAGGGUUUCCGGUCGAGACUUUCUUGCGCGACAUGGAUGUGGCUGGAUACAACGCUUGUGACGAUCCAUUUCCCAAUCUUGCAGGCGAUAGUGCGAAGAAGCGCAAAAAAAGAAUGAAUGACAAGCCUUGGCUGACGGAAGCCCUCAUGAUGGAUCUGGCAGGCAACUCCUUUUCGUUUCCGGUUUUGCUCGCGGUGUGGCAGUCUGCUGUUUGCGCAGUGGAUUACCGUGCAGCCACUGAGACGGUGAAGGUUGCAGAUGUUGAAGAAGCUAUGGAUGCAUUGGCUUUUCUCGCGGGCAUCCUGCUCAGGGUGCCCCACCUCUUGCUCGCUGGCGAGCUCUUAAGCCCAACGGCAGCGGACACACCGGGGUAUUUUUUGCAAAGGCUGGUCCUCAUUGCCUGGGCCUGGUCCUUCGUCAUUUUCGGUACCAGUCAGGUAGCACCGGGCCGGCUUGCUGGCCUUGGUCUUCCUGACUGCUUUCCAGCCGCCCACGUGGAAGAGCUACCGGAACUCUGGUACUCACCUUACGGAAAGUACCUUUGGCUAAAAGUCUUCAUGGUUGUGGUUCUCAUGAGCAUGUCGUGGUUCAUGGUGUUUCAAGUGAACGAGACCUACGGCUACCCGCUGACCGCGAACCGCAUGCUGAAGUACAAGAACAAGGUCCUCAGCCUCGACAACAAGAACCCCAAGAAGAAGCAUGUGAUAAAGGAGAUUACCCCAGCAGAAGUUGUGCCUGCCGGGAAGAGCCAAGAAGGAAAGCUUACAGCAGAUGCAGUCACAGCACUGUCGCAACACGCAGAGUCGAGAAGGCCAGGAGAGGUUGACCUCCACAAGAUGAUCAAAUCUCCGGAAGUCUUUGGUGCCCUCAACAACGACAUCCUCGAGAAGAUUAACGCAGUCGAGAUGGAAAGUGAUCUUCACCAGAGAAUUGAAGUUAUCCUGGACUCUGGCGCAGAUGACGCACAGGGAAAGGCAAUAAAGGCAGAAGGAAGAAGGAUGCUGAACUUAACGUUCUUUGAUGACGAUGGAAGCUUUUGUCGCAUCCAGGAAGCCUUCACCGUUGCCUCGGUGAUCAACCCUCUGAUGGCCAUAGGCAAGCUGUUUCGAGAAGGUUGGGAGUUGCGAGUUAACGAAGAAGAAGGUAUGUGCCUUACAGACGGAAGCUCAAGAAUACCCGUGCAUCUCCACAAGAACAGCUUGGCAGCACAAACUCCUUCAAGAAGCAAAGGCUAUACCAGCAGCAACUACAAGAUGGUUCGUACAGUUGUUCAGCUCAACAAGCACAUUCAGGAAGCAGUGAACAGAGAAGAACCUGGUUGGCACAAUACCGACAGCAUGGUCAUCGUGAAGUGUGCCACUCAAAGCAGCUACGAGAACCCAUCUCUCAUGUACAGCCCUACGCACUUUCCGUACAGAAGCACUUUGGUGAAAGAAGAGAGAGGAUGGAGAGCAGUUGAAGUUUCAAGAAAGUACUCCGAGAAGGCAGACCCUUUUGAAGAGUUUGCUGAAGGAGAAAAGGAAGUGGUUACAGCCAUUUCAGCAAAGCCAAUUCCACUUUGGAUUCUUGGCACUCCCUACGCUGCCGGAGACCGAGCAGACCAAGAAAGCCAUGGUCGUGACUACUGGAAGAUGGAUCUCGAGAAAGGAGAAGUUGUUCGUCACCACGUAGUACCAAGAACUGUUUUGUUUGACCCGACAGGUGUUUCCAACUGUCCUGUCCUCCUUGGAGACCUCGAGAACAGCAGAUAUACCCAAGGAGACUGUAUCUACAGUACGGAAAUCUACGAACACAGCGACGACUGGAGAGCAGACCGUCUACCUCUACGUGAACACUUUCGUUUGCCGUGGUUUGGUCAAACAAGGUUUCGUGUGAAGCCAGAAGUUGUUGAAGACCUGAAGGCAGAAGCAGCAGCAGAGGAGCUAAAGAAGAAGAAGGAAGAACACUACAAAGAGAAAGAAGCUUCAGCAGUACCAGCAGCAGAAGAAGAGAGCAAAGAUGAGGAUAUGAGAGAAGCACAAGCAGACCAAGAAGCACCACAAGAAGUUGUUGAAGUUUUGGAGGAAAGCUUCUACCACGAAGGUGUUGAGUACACAGCACAAAAGAGCAGUCUUAAAGAACUACAAGCACUUUGCAGAGAGUACGGAGUGAAGACAACAGGAAGCAAGAAGCAGCUUUUGAGGAGACUUGCCACAGCAGUCAGAGAAGAGAGGCUCAACACACAGCACAAGGAGCAACGGGAACACCACCAAGCAUACCACCUAGCACCACCUCAGGAACCAACGGAAGAGGAGAGAGCGUACCACAACUUGACGCACCUUCCGUACCAGCCUUGGUGUCCCCAUUGCGUCAACAGAGCAGAAGAAGCAGACGGUUACCUCAACAUGCCUCAUGAUGAUGAAGUUUACGAAGCAGAUGAUGAGUUUUUGUACGUCCCCGUCGAUUUCUUCGAUGAGGAGAAAGGACCACCGAACGUGGACCCAGCUUUUCUUCAGAAGUUGGACGAUGAAGCAACUGAGAACGUACCUCUGGUAGACUCAGAGCAAGAACUUCACAAGUGGUUGACAACGAAGUUGGUGAAAGAUUGGAGGUUCAGAGAAGCUACAGGUUUCGAAGUUGAUGAAGCCACAGCAGGAAUUACAAAACUGGUGCCCAUGCUGGCUCUCGCCAACAAUUGGGCGAUCUACAGUGUCGACGUGAAAGACGCGUUUUUACAAGAACAGCCAGAACGUAGCCCUGGAACUUGGUGUUGGAAGCUAGGAAGAGUUUUGCCAGGUCAACGCGACGCAUCCAGCCUUUGGUCCGUCUUUUGUGAUGGACCUUUGGUUGAAGAGAAGUUCGAGCGUUGUACAGCAGUCCCAGCACUUUACCGUCUUCUACGACAAGGAAAAGUAGUUGCCGUUUGCAUUGUACACGUAGAUGACUUGCAGUUUGCAGGAAAGAAGGAAGUCAUCGAACCGAUCCUCAGGAACCUCAAGAAGACAGUGAACUUACAAGUUGAAGGACCUCUUUUGAACGAGGAAGACUACGAGAAAGGAUUUUCUGAAGAGACCGUGAAGUUUCUCAAAAGGAAGUACACGUACGAACAUCACGAACUACGAGUACAUAGCGAUAACAAGUACGUGAAGAAACUCGUGGAGAUCCUCAAGCUGGAGAAGAAGAAGGCCAAGAACUCACCUUGCACGCCGGCUAGUCAAGAACCUGACGUAUCCCAAGAACUGGACGAGGAACACUCGAGAACGUACAGAAGUUGUGUUGGCAUUUUGCUGUACGUGGCGCACGACCGUCCGGACAUUCAGUUCGCAGUACGCAGCUUAAGUACUGCCAUGACGAAGCCAACGGAACGCAAAAGGAAAGAACUGGAGCACUUGGCGCUCUACCUCAAAGGAACGUCAGACUACGCCGAACGUCAGCUUUACGUCACCGCGCCGAAGAACCACAAGAACCACAAGAACCUCGAGAACAACCACGUGAACGUUUACUCGAAGUUUUUAGUAUCUUUCACUUUCGACUUGCUGCUCCACCGUGUGAUUGGGGAGUUGCGGCCUCAGACUGGCACUCCCCUUGCUUCCGUGGUUCUGCUUGAGCCUGAAUGA